UUCAUCGCCGCCGCCGCCGCCCACCGCGCCCCACUUCCGGGUCACGGCUGCCCCACUUCCGGGUGAACCAUGUCACGUCCGGCUCGGCUCGGCAGCGUGGAGACCUGGUGAGCGAGUGAGGGAGCCCAGCACCGUGAGGCACAGGCUCUUCUGGAGGAUGGGGCGCAAACAGGAGCCUGGCAAGAGGCCGGUCCGAGGGCCCGGCAGGAAGGCCCGCAAGCAAAGGGGGGCCGAGAGCGAGGUUCCUGCCGAGCUGCUGGAGGACCAUCAGCCAGAGACACGACGCCUCAAGAGUCGCCAGAGGAAACGGGCCCUGAAACGUGCCCGUCUGUCGGCAGGGGAUUCUGGGGAGCGGCCGGUUCAGGAGAAGAGGAAGCGGACUUCUGCUGACGUCCCCCAGGGUUUCAGCGACGAGGACAGCCAGCGGCCCCAGCCGAGGGGGCAGAGGACGGCCCAGCAGCAGCCCGGCCAGACCGGGGCGCCCCGGCCCCGCCUGUUGUCUUUGGGCUCGGAGGAGGAGGAGGAGGAUGCGCCCUCGGUAUCCGACUCUGGCAGUGACCUGCCGCUUGAUGACUUCGGGGUCUGCUCGGAUGAGGACGAGGGGGAUGAGGAGGAAGAGGGGGAGGAUGAGGAGCUCUUGCCGAUCGAGCGGGCUGCUGAGCGCCUGAGGAAGAAACAGAAACUAGCGCAGACUCGGCCAGUCAAAGAGGAUGGAGGGACAGCGGAGGAGGAGGAGGAGGAGGUGCAGAUCAACGUGGCAGAGGUCGAGAGGUUCACACUGCCGAGUGGGCAGGAGAUUGCCCGGGAAGCCAGCCAGCCCCCAGACUUGAAGCUGAUCUUCCAGAGGAUCCAGGACACGAUGGAGGUGCUGGCGGAUUUCCGCGGGAGACGGGAGGAGGGCCGCGACCGGCAGGAGUACCUGCAGGUCCUUCGCAGAGACCUGGCCGCCUACUACAGCUACAACAGCUACCUGAUCGAGAAGCUGAUGGAGCUGUUCCCUCUGCCGGAGCUGCUGGAGUUCCUGGAGGCCAGUGAGGUUCAGCGACCCGUGACCGUCCGUACCAACACCCUGAAAACCCGCCGGCGGGACCUGGCCCAGGCGCUGAUCAACCGCGGGGUGAACCUGGACCCACUGGGCAAGUGGUCAAAGACUGGCCUGGUCAUCUUCGACUCUGCCGUGCCCAUCGGAGCCACCCCCGAGUACCUUGCGGGCCACUACAUGCUCCAGGGUGCCUCCAGCCUGCUGCCGGUGAUGGCCCUCGCCCCUCAGGAGGGAGAGAUGCUCCUCGACAUGAGCUGCGCCCCAGGGGGGAAGACUACCUACUGUGCCCAGUUAAUGAAGAACACGGGGGUAAUUGUGGCCAACGACCCCAGCGCAGAGCGUCUGCGCAGCGUGGUGGGGAACCUUCAUCGGCUCGGUGUCACCAACGCCAUCGUCUCCAACUGUGACGGCAGAGACUUCCCCAAGGUGAUGGGGGGAUUUGACCGUGUACUACUGGACGCACCCUGCAGCGGGACCGGUGUCAUCUCGAAGGAUCCCACUGUCAAGACCAACAAGGAGGACGUUGACAUUAAGAAGUGUGCUCAGCUCCAGAAGCAGCUGCUGCUCUCGGCCAUCGACUCUGUGGAUGCGAACUCCCAAACGGGCGGUUACCUCGUCUACUCUACCUGUUCCGUCACGGUCGAGGAGAACGAGUGGGUUGUGGACUACGCUUUGAAGAAACGCAACGUAAAGCUUGUAUCCACUGGUCUGGAGUUCGGCGUGGAAGGGUUCACAAAGUUCCGGGAGCGCCGGUUUCACCCGUCCCUCAAGCUCUGCCGCCGCUUCUACCCACACACCCACAACAUGGACGGCUUCUUCGUGGCCAAGCUCCGCAAGUUUGCCAACUCGCUGCCGCUGGCCCCCGCCCCUGCCCCCGCCCCUGCCCCGGCCCCUGCCUCUGCCCCCUCCCCCGCCGGGGCACAGGCACCGCCCUUGCCAGCAGAACAGCCCGCACCAGUGAGCCCAGUGCCCGAGAAACGCAAGGCGCCGGCCAGCGGGCGACCCCGCCAGAGGACGGGCGCGGCGUCCAGGAUGCAGAAGGCCCUCCAGUUACGCAAGAUGAAGGCAAAAUUCAGGAGGAAGAAGGCUUUGUGAGGGGAGGGGUGGCUGCAGUGCCGGCUUGGGAGUCUGUCUUUCUAUCCAAUAAAUAUCGAUCACUUUUC